AUGGUUGUGAGAGUGAGCCGACGUCUUUCGCAACUGUUGGCCUCAGAUUCAGGCGUGCACAUAGCAAGCAUUCUCUUGUCCACUGCUCGAUGUCGCGACAAAGGUUUGGCCAGAAAUACUGGGCUUGUAUUGCCGUCGCAUGCGGUGGACUCCUGGGUGUGCGCCGCCCUUGAAGUGCAGCCGGUUGAAGAGUGUCUUCCUCAGUCUAUGCGGCAUGUAGAGCCGAUUGAUCCCUUUCUUGAACCACCAACCGUCUUGGCCGCGUUCGACAAGGGCUCUCUCUAG